AGUUCCGGAAUGAUUGCUUCAGUAAGUUCUAGCAUGAAUUCUUCCUCCUUCCUUUUUACUGGAUUUUCUGGCCUGGAGCAGCAAUAUCCCUGGAUCUCUGUUCCCUUUUCUUCCAUCUAUGCUAUGGUACUUUUGGGCAAUUGCAUGGUGCUGCAUGUUAUCAGGACUGAGCCGAGCCUGCACCAGCCCAUGUUCUAUCUCCUGGCCAUGCUGGCCCUCACUGACUUGUGCAUGGGGCUGUCCACAGUGUACACGGUGCUGGGCAUCCUGUGGGGGCUCAUUCAUGAGAUCAGCCUGGAGUCUUGCAUUGCCCAGUCCUAUUUCACCCAUGGUCUGUCCUGCAUGGAGUCUUCUGUCCUCCUCGCUAUGGCCUUUGACCGGUAUAUUGCAAUUUGCAAUCCAUUGCAUUAUUCCUCCAUCCUGACUGAUUCCAGGAUUAUCAAAAUUGGGCUCGCCAUAGUAGGUAGGAGUUUAUUCUUUAUUACACCCCCUAUCAUCCAUCUGAAAUCUUUCCAUUAUUGCCAUUCCCACGUCCUCUCUCAUUCAUUCUGCCUGCACCAGGACCUGUUCCGCCUAGCUUGUUCUGACAUUCGAUUUAAUAGCUACUAUGCCCUGAUGCUGGUCAUUUGCACGGUGUUGCUGGAUGUUGUUCUUAUCUUUUCCUCCUAUGCCCUGAUUCUUAAGUCAGUCUUAGCAAUUGCCUCUAAGGAGGAGUAGCACAAGUCAUUUCAGACCUGCAUCUCCCACAUCUGUGCUGUCCUUGUGUUCUAUAUCCCUCUGGUUAGCCUAACAAUGGUGCAUCGUUUUGGGAAGCAUCUCUCUCCCUUGGUCCAUGUCCUCGUGGGCAACAUUUACAUCCUUUUCCCACCUUUGAUGAACCCUAUCACCUAAAGUGUCAAGACCCAACAGAUUCGUAGCAGAAUGCUCAGACUCUUUUCUCUGAAAAUAUAUUGA